GUUCCAGUUAUUCUCUCUCAGAUCUAAAUGAUGGGCAAUGAAUGUGGGCAGGUCCCUCUCCGCUCUCCACUCAACACCCGGAUGUGUGCGGCACUUCGAGCGCAUAGUAGAAUAACUGGAUCCAGAUAAUAGACUGUUAGAUGGGAAUCAGAUCGCGGAUUACGACAAAAAAUGAAAUCAACUGAAUUGGUGACGUUUUGGAAUCACUGAUAGAAUGGAGGACGAUCUGGUGUCAGAGGAUGAUAUCUUGCUCCGGUCGGAGAAGGAAUUCCACGAUGCAGCGAAGAGGAACGACACGGACAAAAUGCGGGAGCUGAUGAAGAAAGGGGUGGACAUCAAGGCCAAAAACAAAACAGACCGUACAGCGCUGCACUGGGCGGCGGGGGCUGGGAACGAGCAGGCUCUACGUCUGUUACUAGACCAUAAUAAUGAGAUGGAUGAGGAGGACAGUUUUGGUAUGAAUGCUCUGCUGCUGGCAGCCUGGUUCGGUCGCCUGAAGAUCCUACAGAUCCUCGUGGCCGCUGGAGCAAAGCUCAACUGUGAAAACAAAAAUGGGCUGAGCCUGCUGCACUGUGCCGCCCAGCGGGGUCAUAGCAGAGUGCUGGAGUUCAUCAUGGAGGACCUAGUAGAGGACGUACUGCUGGACAGGGUGGACAAGUCUGGGAAGACAGCGUUUCACCUGGCUGCAGAACAUGGACAACUAGAGGUGGUGGAGUUCCUCAUCGGUAUGGGCUGCACUCAUGGCCUCAAGGAUAAGGAUGAAAACAUGGCCAUGCAUCUAGCAGCCAAGCACGGACACAAAGAGGUCCUGCAGAAGAUAGUGGAGACAGGAGUGGACAUUGACGAGAGAAACAUAGACGGACUGACAGCUCUGCACCUGUCCUCUGAUGGAGGUCACUAUGAAUGUGUCAAGCUACUGCUGGAAGCCUGCUGUAACGUCAAUGCGCUGACAAACAAUAAUAUGAAUGCCCUCCACUACGUGGCCCAGCAUGGCUUUGAGAGAGAGGCCAGUCUGCUGCUGGAGGCAGGCAUCAACACAGACACUGUGGAUGGCCAACACACAUCCCCUCUUCACAUCGCCGUGCUCAACAAUCACACCGAGGUAGUACGGCUGCUAAUAGACGCUGAAUGUGACCUGGACAUAUCUGACAAUAGGCUCCAGACAGCCCUGCACAUCACAGCAGAGCAUGGCAGACAGGAUGUUGCUGAAAUGAUCCUCCUAGCUGGGGUUAACCUCAAACUACUGGAUAAGCAGGGGAAGACUUCUCUGGAGGUGGCAGCCAGAGGAAACCAUGUAAUCUUAGUGGACAUGAUUAUCAAAGCAGACCGGUUUUACAAGUGGGAAAAGGACAACGUGAUCAGCGAUGGUGAUUCGUGGCUAGGGAAGCAGCUGAGCUUUAAGCAGGACCACCAGGUUGAGACCCAGCACCUGCGCUCUGUCAUUUGGAGGCUGGCCACCAAGUACCUGUCCCGCGGGGAGUGGAAGACCCUCGCCCAGCACUGGGGCUUCACGGAUGCACACAUCCGCGCCAUAGAGCAGCAAUGGACAGGUACAAAGAGCUUCAAGGAGCAUGGGCACCGUAUGUUGCUGAUCUGGCUGCAUGGAGUAGUCAUCGCAGGGGAGAACCCAAUCAAAGGCCUGUAUGAGGGACUGGCGGGGAUCUCCAGGACCGACCUAGCUGAAAGCAUCAGACAGAAGGCAAAUGCAGACACAAGCUCUCCCAAGAAAUGCACCGCCAUGUGAACAAGUCCAUCCUGAAACACACUGCAGGAAUAAAUGGCAUUCCAGGGUUCAAAACUAAAAAUAGUGGCUGCAACAAAGUUAAUACACUGAACAAACAUGUAAAGGCAACAUGUAAAGGGUUGGUCCCAUGUUUCAUGAGCUGAAAUAAAAGAU